CGAAGAAUGGCGACGGCGUCAAUAUGUUCGCGCUCCGCCCUUCUCCGCUUCCAAACCCCGAGACCCUGACAGGCUCUAUUUUCGAUGCCAAAUAUCUGGCCUCUCAUAUCUCUCAUAUUUGCUGCUUCUCAGCCAAUUGUCCCAGUGCGACGUCAAGCUCAGAAAAGAACAGUCAGUUCUAUUCCCGUUCUCUGAGUGCUGGUGGCAAUAUGAGCCAUGAUUAUGGGCGUGGGCAAGCAGCUAAGUGCCACUAUCUCAUUUAUUAACCGUGGGUAGAAUGGGGCACCCGGACGGAAUUCGUACAUUUUCUCAUUUACCCGCCCAAUGACCGGACAGAACACCAAUUCAGUGCCACUUUUCUUUGGAGCCCACCCUCGGCCAGACGCGGAUAGUACUUUUCUCAUCCCUUCCCAGCUGGGAGCUUCCAGCUUGACCGUGACCGUGGGUGAGGUGGGCUCUUUCCCAUUCCUCCGCGCCCGUGAUUCCACCGCCCGGGGUUCUUCACCAGAAAAACCCAAGUCCCACAAGCCGAUGGGGAGAAGGAACGACGUCACGUCGCGGCGCAAUAUUGCGGUCAAACUGAGAUGCACUGCAUAG